AUGGCUUCUGCAGAAUCCCCUAUCAAUGCAAACCACCUAGAUGACAAUGGCUUGGCCGAGUCCUUGAACCAACUCAAUGUUGGUGACAGAGAAAACGAGCCACCCAAGACUGAGGAAGACUAUGCGCAGUCACAGCUCACACUCAGGGCUAUUGUUUCCACCAAGGAAGCUGGCGUCAUCAUUGGCAAAGCCGGGAAAAAUGUCGCUGAUCUCAGAGAAGAAACCGGGGUCAAGGCUGGUGUCAGCAAGGUCGUCCAAGGUGUCCACGAUCGAGUCUUGACGGUCACUGGCCCGCUCUCUGGGAUUGCAAAGGCUUACUCUCUUGUGGCCAAGGGCCUACUAGAGGGCGCCCCGCAGUUGGGUAUGGGAGGAGUAGUCCAGAACAAUGGCACACAUCCUAUUCGUCUCUUGAUAUCUCACAAUCAAAUGGGCACUAUCAUCGGCCGCCAAGGUCUGAAAAUCAAGCACAUCCAAGACGUCUCUGGCGUUCGCAUGGUGGCGCAGAAAGAAAUGUUGCCACAAUCCACUGAGCGGAUUGUUGAAGUGCAAGGUACACCAGAAGGCAUUGACAAGGCUGUAUGGGAAAUUGGAAAGUGCUUGGUGGAUGACUGGCAGCGUGGCACCGGUACUGUGUUGUACAACCCGGCUGUUCGUGUCCAGGUCGGUUCAGGUCCGCUUCCUCCUGCUGUGGGUGGCGGCGGAUUGACAAGCAACACAUAUGGUGGUGGCGGCGGCCGUCCAUACAACCGCACCGGCAACGGGGCCGACUUUAGCGAAUCCCGCGGCUAUUCUCGUGGCAACGAUGUUCCACGUGGUGGUGUACCCAUGGUCACCGAAGAUGGGGAAGAAGUGCAAACUCAAAACAUCAGUAUACCUGCCGAUAUGGUCGGCUGCAUCAUCGGACGAGGAGGCUCCAAAAUCAGCGAAAUCCGCAAGACCUCAGGGGCGCGAAUCUCAAUUGCAAAGGCUCCCCAUGACGACACUGGUGAGAGAAUGUUCACCAUCAUGGGAAGCGCCAGCGCGAACGAGAGAGCCCUAUAUCUCCUAUACGAAAAUCUGGAAGCGGAGAAGGGACGUCGGCAACAGGUUUCCUCCGAAUGA